CUUACAUAAAUGUUGUCUUACGCUAGGUUUCAAAAAUGGUAGCAGUGUCAGUUUCAGAGAGAUAGUGAAUUCCGCAGGAUUUUUUGUGGAUCUUCUCCAUUCUCAUCAUCUUGCAGUUAUGGACUGCGGCGAAGCUUCGAUAUUUUAAAACUUAGAUUAUUGAAUUGAGUUUUUCUGACGAAUACCUUGUUGUGGCAUUUAGAAAAUUGUAAAUUCUAAAUAAAAUUAUGGAAAUUUCAAAAAGAGCUAGAAUGGAAUAUGAUGAUGUACCAUUAGACUUAAGUACAAAGAAAACUCCAGCAAAUGAGCAUAAAAGAGAAGAGACAGAAUUACUGCGCUCAAACAAACUUAAUGACAGUGACAUUUUUGUCGUCCCUAAAGUCCCGCCUCAAAUAAUUAGUAUCUCUGACAGAAUUCUAGCGUCCGAAUGUGCACUUUCGCAGAAACUUAGAUAUAUCAAUUUUAACUUUCCUGUCGAAUACGUAUAUAAUCCUAUCGAAUAUGCAUUUCAAGUUCACGCAAUGUAUGUAACUAAAUAUUGCCGUUCGACAAAAAAAAUCCUGUUUCUUGGUAUGAAUCCUGGUCCGUGGGGUAUGUCCCAAACAGGGGUACCAUUUGGCGAAGUAAAUAUUGUGAGAGAUUGGUUAAAGAUCAGUGGUAAUAUUGGUAAACCAAUUCGAGAACAAGCUGAUAGACUGAUAACAGGGUUUAAUUGUACUCGUAGUGAAAUUAGUGGACGAAGAUUUUGGAAUCUAUUUCGAGAACUAUGUCACGAAGAUCCUGAAAAAUUUUUUAGACAUGCAUUUUUGCACAAUUACUGCCCAAUUGCUUUGAUGGAUGCUGGAGGUCGAAACAUCACUCCCGCAGAAUUAAAGGGUCCCGAACAGUAUACUUUGUAUGCAGCUUGCGAUGAAACUUUAAUAGCCGUAUUAAAGUUACUUAAAGUGGAGAUUAUAUUGGGUGUUGGAAGGUUUGCCGAGAAAAGAGCUCAAACUGUAGUCAAAACAACGGGUCUUCCUAUAAAGGUAUUGUGCAUUCCUCAUCCAAGUCCAAGAUCAGUGGGGAAUGAAAAUUGGAACGAGAAAGCUAAACUCAAACUUAGAGAAUACAACUUGAUGGAAUACUUUUCAAAUUAAUCGUAUUUUGUCUAUUAACAUAGGAUAAAUAUUACAAUUUCUGAGUAUUUUUAUUCAAAAAGAUCUCAUUUUU